AUGUUGCGUCCUACUGGUGAAACGGACGCCGCUGAAUGUUUAUAUUUUAUGUUUUCUAGACGUACACUGUCAUUUGGGUCGGAGGAGUUUUGUCUUGUGAACGGACUUUACAUGGGUCGAUGUCCUACAUCAAGGAUCGAAUCUUCAACCAUGUAUAAACACGGAUAUGGUGUAAAUACAUUUCGGUCCAAAGUCUUCACAUAUCGCACGGACACUUCUUUAGUUAUAGAAGAUUUAGAGUUCCUUAUCUUGAAUCAACGGUUCAAUGACAUAUCGGCUCACGACGGUGUCCGUGCCAUUUUGCUAUAUUUCCUCAAUCAAGGUUCUCAUGGGAAGGUUAUCUAUGGACUAAAACAUACCCUAGAUUGUCAGGGGAAUGAGAAUGUGGGUGGUAGUCUAAAGAAAUCAAAUUGA